AUGAGUCGUGCUUUAUUUUUUAGUAAAAAUUACUUAAGCAAAAAAUUCAACGUUAGAUAGCCAAAUGAACUUUAUAAGCAACUACUUAAUAAUAUUCAUCUAUUCAAGGCUGAUGAAUUACAAAAAAUUCCAUCCGAUGAAUUAAUACAUUAUAUCAUAUUUUUUGGAACACAUCCUGAACGUAGAAAUUAAGGAGAUAAAGCUAAGAAGAUUACUUUAGAAUGUCUUAAACAAUAUAAGAAAAAGAUGACUAAAAAUUCAUAUGAAAUAAAUUCAUAAAUACUUUUAUCGCUGAGCAAUGUUUUAUUGUAUGAUGAUUAGAUGGUCCAAGAAUUAGUUCAAUAGGUGGAUCAAGACAAGGAAACUCUUUCAAUCAAAGAUAUGAUUAAAUUUUAGCAUUGUCUCUACAAACUCAAUAUCCAUAAUGAAAAGCUAAGUAAUUAUGUUCUUGAUCAAUUUCUUAAACAGAAGGAAUAAAUAGAUUAUUUAGAAUACAUUCACGACCUUCAUAUUAGAUCAAAUCUUCUCUAGAUGGGCUUGAUUGAUGAAAAAAUCGUUCUCACUUUGUUAUAAGGAUUUUAGGCAAAAUUAAAUUCAACUUAAAAUUCUUAUUAUACGUCUAAAUCUUGCUUUUAAUAUUGUUAGCUUAUGUAUAAUUUAUAUCCAGAGAUAAUUGAGAAACCAUUUUUUGAAUUACACCCCAAAGAAGAUAACAUAUUUGCUGGAUUAUUUAAGGAUUUGAUGUAGGACUAUGUGAUAAGCAAAUAACUUGUCGAUCGUAAAAAGUUUUAUUAAUCUUUUGAAUAUUAUAUAAAUUUCUAGAAUAUGAAUGUAUUGAAAGCCAAAGAAGAUGCUAUAUUGAGAAGCUUAACCGAACUUGAAUAAAAUGUGUAAGAUUUACUUAAUGCAUUAAAUUAUAAAAACUCAAGAGCACACAGAGUUUUGAUUUAUGACAUAGAUUAUUUAGUUAAAGAUAACAUCAUUUUAACAUGUAAUGACCCAGUUCAUUUCGUGGAAGAUUUCGAUGGAAAGAUCUUAACCAUUAAUCCAAAUCAUAUCAUGUAGAGCAGGCAUUUGAGUGCCACAAAUAAAUACAAGGUUUUCGACAUAAAUUAUCACGAGUGGAUACAUUUGAACGAAUAACAAAAGAUUGACAAAUUAAAAUCGUUAAUAGAUUGA